GCGAGUUGCGAGAAAGAGUCACAAGCUUAGAAGAACUUUUGAAACUUAAGGAAAUUGCUGAAAAAGAUCUGACCAAUAGCAUUAAUGAACUGGAGAAAAAGUUAGCACUCAAAUGUGAGAAGGAACGAAUGCUUCUUCUGCAAUGUGCCAAAAUGGACCAGCUAGUGAAGCAAAAGGAAGAUGUUGAAAGAAGACUUCAGGAAAGAUACAGUCAUGCAGAGGAACAUCAACAGCAGAGUGAAAAUUCAGAGGAAGAGUAUGAGGAGAUUGAGAAGUUGACCAGUGAAAUCACAGAGAGGGACAUUGUGCAAUCGUGGCUUGAAACAGCCAACAGUGAUCUGGUUAAACAUGUUAAUGACAUAAAUGAUUCGAAAAGGCUACUUGAGGCCAAAGUUGACCAGUUGAAUGGUGAACUAGAACAGAAGAUCUACAGUGAAACGAAACUCAACAAGCAGUGUAUACAAUUAGAAAAAGCCAAUAAGGACUGGGGGAUCCUGGAAGAGCACCAGAGAGAGCAGUUUGCAGAAAGGGAGAAUACGCUUAAGUGUAAAAUUAAAAGUCUUAGAAAAGAGCUUCAAGACAAAGAUGAAACCUUACUGGGCAAAAGGUUUCUUGUGCUUCAGCAAAUAAAUCGAGAAGAAAACCAGAGUGAAAUGGCAGAAAGUCCUCAGGAGGCGGUGAUGGAAAAAGAGAAACUUCUAGAGGAGCUUGACAGAAUGGUAGAUUCUGAAAGAGACAAGGUCGGAACAUUCACCAAGAUGAAAACUAAGUACGAAAUAGAAAUUAACCAGAAAGACAGAAACAUUGACAAACUGACAGAUGAACUUGAUAACCUCAACGAGGAGAUGAGGGAAUUACAGGAGCAACUCAGACAGCAGAAGGAGUUAGAAAGAACACUUCACGAGAAAAACAAGGUGCUGCAAGACCUACUUGAAGAUCUGGAAAAAGGCAACUCCAAGAAUGGGCAAGAUAAGAUUGCACGCAUGGAGAAGCUGUUGAGCUUGAGAGAUGAAACUGUGCAAGAGCUCCAGGACAGGGUAGCCAGUCAAGAACAUCUACUUAAGGAAAUGGAGGAGACCCAAAGAAGGUUAUCCCACCGCAACCAGGAGUUGGGUUCCAAGCAACGUGGGCUUAGUGAUGAAGUUCACAGGUGGAAAGUAAAGUGCUCCAACUAUGAACAAAGUGAAAAGGAAGCAAGGGUUGAAAUGAAACAACUGAAGGAGGAUAUUAACAAACAUGAGUUAAAAAACACAAACUAUGAGUGGCAACUAAAAGAAAAAAACAGUGAGCUAAAAGAGCUAAGUGCCAUGAAGGAUAAGGAAGUGGCAAGCUUAUUGGCCGAGCUUAAACAGUUAAUGUUGGAGUUUGAAAGCAGGGAGAAUGUUUUGCUGAAGGAGAGACAAAACCUUGAAGGGCAACUGAAGAAAACGAGAAAGGAACUAGAGGCCUCUGAGGACAAUUAUCAAAAGCUGAAGCGACGGUUUGAAUUGUUAGAAGAAAAGGAGUACAUACUGAAACAAACAGAAGCUGCACUUCAGCUUGGCAAUAAAAUGCUUGACACCCAGCUAUCACAAAAAUCUCAGCUUGUGAUAUUGUUAGAGGCAACAAUAACCAAAGAACAACAGAUGUCCAAUAACAUGAAAAAGGAGGUGUGCAUUAAAGAUAUGAAUAUCAAAAGACUUCAAGAGCAGGAAGCAAUGUUGCAGUCAAGAAUAAGAGACUUUGAAGAGGACAUGGAAGAGGUGAGGAUUGAAAGGAACCAACAGUCUGAAAUCCAGCUGGGUCACCAGGAUUUCCAGGUCCUCAGUCAGCGGGUAAAGGAUCUGGAGCGCAGUCUCCAAGACAGUGUUAGCAGUUUCACAGAAUCAGAGGCAGCCCUUAGAAACAGAAUAAAAGAACUAGAAGCAUCUGAGAAGAACUUCCUGGUUAAGAUAGAUGACCUCAGGACAAAGGCACAGCUACCCAUUCUCACCAGACUUCGGCAGGAACAGAGACUUCAUCAUCUGCGUGAGGAAAUAAGAGCAAUGGCAGCAGAAAAGGAAAAAUCAGACAGGGCCAUGAAGGAAAAGCAGCACCGGCUACAGGACAAGAUAAAAAUGAAGGAAGACGAGAUGAAGAAACAGUCUGAGUAUUUUGAGCACUACAAACAGAAGAUGCAGCACAAGAUGAUGCUGCUAAAAGAAAGGGAGCAGUGCCUUCAAAGCCAGGUCUUCAGGCUGGAGAAAGACAUGAUCGACCUCAGCGCCACUGUGGCUCUCCUCAGGGCCCAGCUGGAGAGGCACACUUUGGACGAUGCAGACUAUAGGAAAACCCAGGGAUCCAUAGAGUUUGAUGGAGAGAUGGCCUCCUUCCACAAAGAAGGUGAAGGCAGGAUUAAAACCCAUAUCCACAGCCUCCAGGAUGAAAUGAACAGUUUGCUGGAAAGGGAGGAGGUGAGCCACAGAGAAAAGAGGGAGCUGCGUGACAGGCUGCAGCAGGCUGAGGAGAACGAGGAGUUUCUGUCCAGGAAGCUGGAGGACUUCCGGUCUCGCAUUCAUGAACUGAAGCUGUCUGAGAGCAGCCUUCUGGAGGAGGUGGAGGAGCUGCAGGAUGAGAAUGAGCUGCUGAAAAGAAAACUGUCUGAGGUGGAAGAAGACCGGCUCUCUAGAGGGGAAGGUGCUCAGCAGGUGAAACAGCAGCCUGGAAAACAGGAAGAACUUGACACUGUUGGUAAUGAUGCUGUGGGUGAAUGUGAACUGAAGGAAAAAGAGAUUCAGCUAAAAGGACUUGGAAUGCCACAAAAGGUUGUAAAAAAUGUAAAUAUUCAUAAUCAAAGUGGUACUGAAGAGUCUUUGAGAAAGUGUUUCAGUGGGAAGGAGAUCUCAAUUGUAAAAGCAGCUGUGGAACAGAAUCCCAGCAGCUGUACAGAUACCCAGAGAAUAAACGAAGGACUGACUAAAGACUUGGUGCAUCUCCUGGAGACAAUACGUCUCUUAGAGCAACAGGUAGAGGCUGCUGAGGAGGAGAAGCAACAGGUGCAAAGUGAAAAGGAUGCAAUCCAGCAUGAGUACCAACAAGUCAUUAGCGAGCAUGAGGAGCUGCAACUUAGCUUUGACAGAACAUGCUACCAGUACGCAGCCAGAGUUCUGGAGCUUGAGAAACUGAGGGACUUGUUUCUUAGAAAACUAUGUGAGGCGGUGCAGGAAGAGCAAGAUUCACAAAGCCGAUACACAGAACUGAGGAGCACUCUAAGCCACCUUCGAUCCCAGCUGCAGACUGAGGACAUCAUUUUCAAAGAGGAGCUGCUCCAGUUGAAGUGGGAGGCUGUACUGGAUCCAUCUCGCAACAAAGCAAUUCAGACCCCUUCAUUGCUACAGUGCAUCAAGGAAGCAGUUACCAUUGCAAGAUUGGUUCCACAAUAUGGAAACACAGACGUAUGUGCCUGUGCGGGUUUGCUGGAGCCGACUCUUAUCCCAUUCUUGGAAAACACCUCGUGUGUCUUUGCAGAUGUCAUGCAAGCUGUCCGUUGUGGGGAUUUAGAGCAGGUCAGUCUGUACCUCCAGAGGCCAGACAUUCAAACAAAACUGUCAAUGUUACUUGGAUCAUCUCCAGUGCAAGACAGUAAAACAUUCUGGAUGAAUAAUUCUACCCAAGGAGUCCAGGAAAACGAAAAUAAAGACAUACCUCCCUCCGCCCAGAAGGACACUACAGUGAUCCAACCACAACCUGACCUAGUGGAGCUUGUAAGCCACAAAAUUCAGAAUACCAAGUCAGACUUAAUUUCCCUAGUCACAAAAACAAUAGAUGUUGAUUGUAACAAUAUGGACAACAAUCACAUCACCAGCGACUGUGUUCAUGAGUCUCAUAGUUUUAUGACACUAAAGUCUUCAACACCAAGUACAGAGCCUCCAACACUGAAUAUAGAAUCGAAAACAAAUAUAGAAUCCCUCAAAGAAAUUAUUCUGAACCUUGAAUCUGAAGUGCAGUGUCUGCAAAAUGAGAAGACAGACUUGGAAAACAGCUUACGCAGUAAAGACAGUCUGAUACAAAAAGCAUCUGAGGAGAAUGCCAAACUAGAAGCAAAUCUGAGGUUGGCUGAGCAUCAAGUUCAGUUGUUUUCCCAGGAGCUGGAAGCUGUAAAAGGGGAAAGCGAUUUAAAAUUGGAGACAACUAAAAAUAACUGGAGACAGGAAAACAAAGUUCUGGGGCGACAGAAUGAAGAGCUUCUUAAUCAGAUUGCGAAACUAGAAGCAAAUCUUCAGAGCCAGGCGGUUAAAAUGCAUGAGGAGAACGUUCAGCAAUAUCUUCCCAGACUAGAGGAUGAGAAAGAGCAGAGCUCCUUCUUAAUUUCAAAGCUACAAGAAAAUGUGGAAGAGAAGGCUAAGGUGAUUGUUGCCCUACAGGAAAGCUCAGUGGAGAUUACUCGGCUGCAAGUAGAGAAUGCACAGCAUCAGCUGAGUUCCAAGGUGAUUGUUGGUCAGUCGAAAGAGCUAAAAGAAAGCUCUGAAGAGAUUCUUUGCUUGAAAAGUGAGAGUAUUCAACAUCAACAGAACCUUUCCACUCUAGAGGGUGAUAAAAAACAGUGCUCUGACUCAAUUUCAGAGCUACAAGAAAAAGUGGAGGAGAGUACGAAGGUGAUUAUAGAUCUACAGAAAGAGCUGAAAGAAGGCUCUGGUGUGAUUAUUCAUCCGCAGGAAGAGAUCAGUCAUUACCAGCAGACCAUUUCCAAGAUGGUAGAGGAGAAAAACCAGUGUUCCUAUUCUAUUUCAAAAGAGGAAGAGAGUAUGAAGGUGAUUUCUGAGCUCAAAGAAGCCUGUGGAGAAAGUGUUUAUGUGCAAGAACAGAGCCUACAGAAUCAGCAGAAGCUUUCCAAGCUAGAGGAGGAGAAAAAACAUUGUGGCCCCAAAUUUGCAGAGCUACAGGAAAAUACAGAAGAGGGUUCUGAUGUGAUUGUAGAUCUAAAUAAAUCCCUAGAAGAACCCCUGGGAGAGAUCAUCCAUCUACAAGAAGAGAAUAAUAAGCAGCAGCAGAUCAUUUCAAAGCUUGUGGUCGAAAACAAACAUGUUAACCUAAAGAAUGGGCUGCAGGAAAGCUCUGUGGAGGUUACUCAUCUGCAAGUAGAGAAGGGCUGGUAUCAACAGAACGUUUCAAAUCUGAUGGAGGACAAAAAACAGUGCGAUUUCACAAUUUCAGGACUACAGGAAAAGAUGGGAGAGAGUUCUGAGGUGAUUGCUAACCUACAGAAAGAGCUAAAAGAAAACCAUGAGGAGCAAACUCAUCUUCUAGCAGAGAACACUCAGCAAUUGAAGAAACUUUGCAUGCUGGAAGAUGAGAAAAAACAGUGUUGUCACACAAUUUUAGGGUUACAGAAAAAGGUGGAAGAGAGCUCUCAGAUUGUUGAAUUAAAGAAAGAGCUAAAAAAAAGCUCUGGAGCAGUCGUCUGUUUGCAAGAUGAAAACGGCCAGCAUCUUCAGAACAUUUCUAAGCUAGUGGUUGAGAAUAAACAGUGCAUCGACACAAUUUCCGCAUUGCAAAAAAAGGUUGAAGAGAGCUCCAGUCUGAUUGCUGAGCUUGAAAACGCCCUGAAAGAAAGUUAUGGGGAAAUUGUUUGUCUGAAAGAGGAGAACUGUGAAAUUUCACAAAAAAUUAACACCCUCAGUGAAGAGAAUGAGAAUUGUGUUCAGAAGCUCUCCGAACAGAGAGAAGAGUUGGAAAAAAGCUUCAAGGUACUAUCUGAGCUCCAAUGUGAGAAAGAGCACUGUCUCCAGAAAAUAUCUGAACUGGUAGAAGCCAAUAAGAUGACUGAGCAGGAAGUUCUGCAGCUUAAAGACGAGAAAGAAAUAUGUUCUCAAAAACUUUUAGAUCUGCAAGUGGAAAAUGAGAGAGGAAUGCAGACAGUCAGUUGCCUACAAGAACAGAAAAGAGAUUUGGAAAGACAAAUGGGCCUCAUUCAGAGUGAUGAAAGCAUCAGUGCCAAAAAUAGAGAACUGAGAGAAAGAGUUUUAGUUUUGGAUGACUGCAAAAAAAUAAAUAUGGAUGAGUCUGUAAGAGGACUGAAGGAUGAAGCUGACAGAUUAAUGAGAGACAAUGAGCUGUUGUUGGACCGAAUCCACAACCUAGAAUUGAACCAAGCGGCAGAGGUGAAGAUAAAUCUGGAACAAGCACACAGAGAAAAAGAAAUACUGCUUCAAAAAGUAAAUAAAUUCGAAAAUAAAUCUACAGAGCAAAGUAAUAAAAAGGUGAAAGUAGAUAAAGCAUGUCAGGUUGCAAUGAGUAGUUUACUAGCAGAUAACCAAAAAGAGCAAAGAGAAUAUGUGGACGCCCCUUCCCAUAUGACAGAGGACAAUGAAAGAUUAUCAGAAUCAGAAAGUGCACUGCAGAAAGAGGACUUUCAGUCACCCAGGAAUGAAGUGGAUGGUGAUGUCGCACACAAACAAAAGUGGAUGGUGAUGUCAUACAAAACCGUGAAUCUGGAAAAUACUAUCCAGGCGCAGCCUGGAAUGACUGAAGAAGACAUUGACUUGAAAAAGCAGCUUGAAAGAACAGAAACAAAACUGAGGGAGUCCCGGGAGGAGUUAGAAAAAACAAAAGCUGAGGCACAGAAAUGGUACAAAGACCUGGGUUUUGCAGAGUCGAAACGGGAGGAUGCUGUGAAAAAAUUGUCCCAGGCAGUGAAUGAAGUUAAGAGAAUGAGGGAAACUUCAAAAGAUUCAGAAAUUAUGAAAAAUGACAAUGUUGAACAAAGAGAUAAGAUAAGCAAAUUGACAAAGAGGAUCCAAGAACUGGAGAAUCUACAGAUAGAUGCCUUGGCACAUGAACAACACAUUUUAACAUUAAAAUCCCAGCUCAAAGACCAGGCAGGCAGACAGGACAAACUGGUACAACUAAAGACACAACUUAGUGUAAAGUCUUCUAUUGAAAAUGAUUUGAGAGCAGAGAAUUAUGCUCUGAAAGACAAGCUCAGUGAUAUGGAAGAAUGGAGCAGUGCGGUCAAGGGUCUGAAGUCUAGAUACGAUGCAAUGAAAACCCAGUUUGAUGAGCUUGAAAGGAAGAAAACAGAAGCGGGAUUAGAUAUGGCCCUUUUAAAGGCCAAGCUGGCGUGCAUAGUGCAGAAAUGUCAUGACAGGAACAGCCUGAUCAUUCAGAUGGUCAGGAUGCUCCGUAGGCAUGGCGUGAUUGACCUCAGUCUGAUUGAAGAGGCUGAGGACCUGGUGAAUGACACCGCACUGUUUGAGUACUCCAGGGAUUUUAGUGCUGCACAUGGCGGUCAGGACUUUUAUGAAGAUGUAUGGGUCAAUGAAAAGAUGAAUGAAAAAGAAGGUUUUCUGCAGAGUUCCCUCUCCAGUGGCAGGGGGAGCCUUCCAGACCUGGAAGGGUCUCUGAAUUACAGAUCCUGUGUAGCCAAGACUGAUUUUACCCCUUGCCCCGACAUGCCAAGGACAGUGCUGCCAACUCUGCCUCUAUGUGCUGGGGAAGCAGUCCAGGUCACUGGCAUUCCAGACAGUCAUGGGUUGUACCAUGCAGAAGUGAAGGGAGAGGCGGGGCUGGUACCAGCUUGCUUUGUGGAAGAGAGGGGUGGCCUACAUGAAGUGUACACGCCUCGUAGCAAGUGUGCCAAUCCAAACCCAAGGUUAACUAGUCCAGAGAGGAUCAUACACCUUCAUCAGCAGCUGCACCAAUCACAUCGCAGCAAUUACCAGGUGACCUCAUCUGCUACAUCUGAAUCCAAUUCUGAGACAGACCGCAGUACUCUGUCCACCCCCUCUCUAGUCCAAGAUGGCACAUCCCUCCCCACAAGAACACAGGUCAAGAAUGAACUGGAACAACCUGGCUGCACCAUUUGCUCUCAGACAAGGGGGGGCGUGCAGAGUCCAGACAGUGAUGACCAAGUGAAGGGUCAGAUUAAUGAGCCAAGUGGAAGAUGUAUCAACCAAGCUAGGAGUGACGCAGAAGUCGAACUUGAUGACAUGUGGCUCUCUGGGGAGAAUGCAAAUUGCUCACGCUCGCCAGCAAUGAGGAGCAAUUUGUCAGACUGGUCAUUACUAAACAACACCCAAGGGAAGGAUGCUAAGGAGGCAGGGUCCAGUAAAGUAUUCCUGGAAAGAGCUAUAAGAGUAAAGCAAGAACCCCCAUCGCCGGUUGGCUCAGUCCAGAUUAUAAAGACGGUGGGGCAAAGCAGUGUGAUGAUAAGUUGGGAGAGACCUUCAGUGGACGAGCUAGGUUGCAGCAACGGAACUUUCAUUCAUGGUUACAGGAUAUAUGUCGAUGGGGAAUUUCACAAGUCUGUCAUGAGCUCAGCCUGUACUAAGGCUGUGUUGGAGAACCUCGAUCUGUCUCUACCAUUUCAAGUCAGCGUUCAGACGCUCGGUGCCAAUGGCCUGGUUGCUGAAAAGGUCCACCGUCACUUUCAGAGCAUCAGCGCGUCCCCUGAGGGAGCUUUAUCAUCGGCGGAGCCCGGUAACUCGCUUGGUCAACAGUGCAGUGGCAGAUCUCAGCAGAAUGUCAGCCAGCCUCUUCAGUGCACAUCAUUUUCACAAUACGCAGGUGUUAAACCAUCUAUGUUUGUUGCCAUCUACAGUUACAGUCCCCUGAAAGACAGCCCCAACAUUCAUCCUAGUCGAGAGUUGGCCUUUAAGGAAGGGGACACAGUCUGGGUGUUUGGAAAACCCAGACGGGAUGGCUUCUGUGAUGCAGAGACUAAUGGAAGACGAGGUCUGGCCCCUAUAGCGUUUCUCGAAGAGGUUAAUUUUGGACUGCCAAGGAAGUUAAAGGAAAAAACACCAAGACCACCAGCUCCCACACCAAGGUUUGAUGAGGUUUACUGUGUUGCCAGCUCCUUUGAAGUGCCAUCGAUUAAAGCCCUAGAACAAAAGUUACACUGCAGAAAGAUAGAGUCUAAUUGGGCCUCCAAAAAUUAAAUGGGGGAGAAAAAUGAGUGAAGAAGCUGUGAACACAUCAGUCUAUGCAGUCCUCCAUGCUGAGGUCCAGUCCUGUCCUUUCAUGAUUGCUGCUUUGUAUCUAUACAUUGUUUCAGACACCCAUCUGACUCUAAAGCUUGGUGCUACUGUUCAACAGCAAUAAAGGUAUUGUGCUGGAGCUUUGCCUCCCCUACGUGCUAAAACUGCGUUCACACAAGUGUUUUGCCAACUUACCUUGACAGAGAUUACAUUGUUAUUCCAACUGUUUACUGAACUUUACCACUGCUUGUGAUGGACUUUGAGUGCAUUGUCAGUGUUCAUCUACUUUUUAGUUAAACCAUUUCCUAAAAUUGCUGCUGUAACCAUCGUCAGGGUUUUAGUAUUUUAUUAGAUAAAAAUCCAGUCCUUUUAUUAUUUGUACAAGUUUCAGAAUUUGUAACUAAGAUAUAGGUAUGUAUUUACCAAUAAGAGCUGUCAUUGGGUUCCAGCACACCACAAGGCUGUCGGUUUAUCCAUCACAUUGUUUAAGAACAGUGAGAUUUGUGUUCAGAUGUUCACAUUUGCUGUCAGUUUCAUAUUAACUCCAGGAAUGCCUGUGUUUAUCUAUAGCAGCAUGACCUAGUAUGUAUACUUUGAGAACUGUAGAGAACUGAAACACAUCACCCAGUUGUUAAUAUAAUAACCUAAGUUUAUGUACCUAAUAGGCAAAAUAUCGAACUGUACUGACAGUCUAGUGGGCAUCAAAUAAUGUUAUUUUUCUUAUUCCGCAUAAACAAAGUAUAGGCUUUUAAAUAACACAUGAUACAAUUGUAAAGAGAAAGAAAACCUAAAUAAAUAUACUGCAUUCCUGUUAUUUUGGCACAAAUGUUUUGGAAGCAACAAAAAUACUGCAGGUUACCAGUUUAAUACUAAACUAGUUUUAAAUGAUUCACGUGCAAAACCUCUAAUUCUACUUUGUCUUGAAUCACUUAUGUCAAAAAAGCCACUGAUUGACAUUAUAUCCACUAUACCACCAACUCAACAAGACUUAAGUGGAUUCAAAACCGUUUGUGCUUCAACGUACAACAUAUGAAAAGAUGCAAGACAGGUAAUAGAUGCAACUGUCUGUUAUUAACAAAGAGAACUGAUGUGGUGCUCAUUUUAAAACAUAAUUUACAAACUAAUUGAAAUGAGACUAAUUGAACAUAAUUUAAUAUUUCAAUAUUACCCUCUUGAAUGUGCAGUAAAAAAAUUCUAAUAGAUUUUUUUUUUUUUGUUAUUGGCACACAGUUAGCAUGGUUUUCACACAGUGGCCUUUCUUAGUAAUGGCAUCCCUUAACAUUAAUCCAUGAAUCUGGCUGUAAUGCCAGUUUUUGGUUAGACCAAGCAGAGUGUUUAUUUACAUAAUGGAUUCUCAGUUAAAUCCUUUGGAAAUGCUUUAGUGCCUUAUGGAGGCAGAGUGUGAGCAGACUUUAGGAUUACACUACAGCACUGUCAUGUUGUCCAUUAUUCAAGAGCUUAAGAAUGAAAUACAUCUGGGGCAAUUUUUGAAGCUUCACCUUUUUUUUCUAAAAGGAGAAAACUUCUAUUAAAGUUACAAAACUACAAAUGAACAACUCAAAAAUUAUAUCUGAACACUACUAUUAAUUAUUGAGUUAUACAGUAUGUUGCUAAUUCUGUAACAUUUAAUGAAUAUUAUUUUCUACUAUCAAGAAAGUAAAUGGCUUUAAAAAUAUCCCCUAUUGUGCCUUGGGUUUUUGAAGUAAUAUUAGUAUUAAGAGUUUUUAAUUUAGAUACAGAAUCACCUAUAUUUAGCCCUGCAUAUGUAGGUAAUUCAGUGUCGUUUUUAUAUGUAAACCCCAUUUCCUUCACAGUGGGUUGCUGUUUAGUACUGCAAUGUGCUGAAAAUAUGUAUAUACAUUUUUUAAUGUCAUGUG